AUGCCGUUAAGGCGUUCGAUCGCGGCGCGAUCUUCGUCGGACGAGAGCGGCUCCGCAGAGACCUCGCAGGCUGAAGCUUCGCCGAAGCCCCCGCCAGUAGCGCAACUCACCACGCCUCCUCCACAGCAAGGUAUGGUGAAGGGCCAGGUGACGGCCAUUGUCACGGGAGCCAUCUCUCUCAUCCUCGCCAUAGGCUACCUCGCUUUAGUGCAGCUGCUCGACUCCAGAGGUCUGCAGAUGCUGCCUCCCCCACCAGAAGCCUUUGGUCCCUGA